CCAAGGCGAGAGACGCUGAGGGGCCUUCAGGAGAGGGUCCUCCUUCUGCUGGAGGGGCAUGGCGGCCACCACGGGAGUGACCCUCCUGGUCCUGCUGCUCUACUGCGGGCAGGGAGCCGAGCUGCCGCCGAUCAGCGUGACCUCAGGUUCAACCACUGCAACGAACAAUACACAAGUUCAGGAGGACAUGCCUGGAGUAUCCGAUGAAAUUCUGGUCAAGGAGAUGUUGGAUCCAAACAGAUCAUCAAUGCCGAAAAUACAAAAUAGUGGAACAACGUCAUCAACAAGAUUAUUCAAGGAGAAAAAUGCUGGCAUUGAUGAGAGCGACCAACUCAGUGUUCCUGAGGGUUUCCACGAGUUUGCAGACAUGUCACCAGUAUCUCUGGAGACGGAGGACAAAAUUCUCAAUGAACCCAGUUUGGAUGCGUCUUACCGAGGCAGUGGCCCCGAGGGUCACCAUGACUCACAGACGUCCUCAGGCGCCGCAGACAGUCUGCACAGCAACGAAAAGAAGUACCCCAAAACUGAUCAACAAUUGAAACAAUCAGUUCUGGACACGAUCCUUCAAAAUAUCGGAAAAUCUUCAGGAAACUCUCUCCAGUAAGUGGCAGAGGAAUAGAGCGGCCCAGAGGCGUCUUGGAGAGCAGUCCAGGGCUGUGCGCUCCAAGGGAGCCCCCCGAGCGGGGCACCCAGACUGCGUGAGCACACACCCACCCUUGGCAAUA